UGCCUCGGCAUGUAAAUGUGCUGUGUAACAGCUCUGCUCCGGUCAGACCUGUUCCUCCUCUCUGUCGUCACCCACGCAGCCACCUGAGGGGAUCCGGAAGUUACCGAGCUUGUUGUCACCUGGGCGGACUCCUCAGAAGUAUUGUGAAGAAGGGAAUCCGUGGUGAAGCAGAGAAGGACCACACUGGUCGACAUGUUUGUCAGCGGGCUGGUUUCGGUGGCUUUGUUCAUCGCAGCGACAGGUGUGAGUGGCUAUACAGUCACCAGCGACAACAAAAAUGUGCGAGUGAAAGAGAAUGAAGGGGUCGACCUCACGUGCUCUCAUUCAGCAGACUUUGGUUCCAGUCCCAGAGUUGAGUGGAAAUUUAAGGACCCAAAAGGCUCACAGACGUAUGUGGUCUUUAAUGGGAAACUAACAUCUCCGUACGCCAACCGAGUGACAAUGUACGGUGAUAAUCUGAGAUUCACCAAAGUGACCCGCAAGGAUAAUGGAGUGUACGACUGUGAGGUGUCCGGCAGCAGCAGCGGCCAGUUUGGGGAAGUUAGAGUGACGCUGACUGUUCUGGUGCCUCCGUCUCAGCCCCUGUGUAGGAUCCCUUCCUCGGUGACGACGGGCAAGUCAGCCCUGUUGUCCUGCCACGACAACGAUGGCUCACCUCCACCCAAAUACAGGUGGUUCAGAAACAACGUCCUUCUGCCUCCCGAACCAAGCAAGAUUGCCGCCUUCAGAAAUGCCACCUACAAGCUAAAUGCAGACAAUGGCAACCUGGAGUUUCCUGCUGCAUCCAAAGCGGACUCCGGUCAGUACAGCUGUGAGGCUUUCAACGACGUUGGUCCUCCACAGCGCUGUAGAGCUGAGACAAUGGAAGUUCGUGACUUGAACACUGGAGGAAUUGUCGCUGGGGUAAUAGUGGCUCUGCUGCUACUGGCCUUGCUGGGAUUUGGCAUUUGGUAUGCCCACAAGAAAGGAUACCUGCCCAAGAAGACCGAAAGCAAACCGAAGCCCAGCGUGGUCUACCAGCCCACAACAGUGUAUGGUGGUGAUGAUGAUGAUGGGGAAUUCAAACAGAAGUCAUCAUUCGUGGUAUAGUCUGCAGUAAACAACCAAGACAGGAGAUCACCUUGGUUUUAAAUGACUCAGCGUGGGAUUUCCCAAAGUUUUUAGUGACUUUUUUUUUUUGUUUUUUUUUUUUGCUUCGAAGUUGCAGUUUUUAUAAGCCAGUGUGAUUGUGUGAGUUGACCCAGCCUGUCUACUUUAGUUUCUCAGAUGCACCAACGUCAUAGGAAAAUAACUGACCACAUACAAGUGAUGUGUCCUCUUUGAUACGUUGAUAGGUUAUGAUAAUAGAAUGAGCUGUGGCUACCAGUGACGCAUUUUAGCCACGGACAUUUUUUGAUCUAUGUUUGGAGUUUGUGUUUUUGUGUGCUCCUGAUUUUCUGUGCCUCCCACUGUUUAAAUGAUGCAUCUGAAUGUGAACAUAUCAAAUCAAAUGGAAUACACAUACUCCCAGUAGUGGUAACAAGGAAAGCCCAGGCACGUAAAUGAGUUAUUUUGUAAGGAAAAUGGACACGAAUACGCUAAAGCUUGAUAAAACUUCUUUUACAGACACAUUUUUAUUACAUUUUCUGACCCACCAUCUUAAUUUCCUGCUGUGUGACUCUCUUAUCAUUCAGUCUGUGUGUCUGAGCAAAGCCACUGAAGGAGCUUGUGCAUCAUAGAUGGAUCAUAGAUUGUCUCUGAGAGUUGUUUUUCCUUUUCAACAAACCACAAAACUGCUGUGACGUAUAAUAAUCUUUUCUCUUAAUGUUUAAGUUUGCUUUUCAUGUAAAUAACACCGUAAUUUAGAACAAAAAUAAAAUCAGUUAUCUCUGUGCUUCCUCACAUCAACUAGAAACUCUGCUACUACUGCUUGAAUGACAGUAACAUUUGAAGUGCACGUUUUCUUUAGCAUGUAAUGUCUAGUUGAACUUUUAUUAUAUUUGUCUGGUGGUGUUGUCUCUGAUACACAAGUGUGUAAACUACAUGAAGCUGAUUGGUAUUUUACAGGGUGCAGACGAACAGUUCAGUACACUUCCUGUUGGCUGGGCAACAUGGAGACAGUCAAAUAUCAUGAUAUUUUUCACCAAAUAUCUCGAUACUUGCGACUCGCAAUUUUUAUUUUUCAUCAUGCAAAACAAUCAGUGAACAGCAGUCCAACUUAAGUCCAACUCCAGCCUCCUACUCACCCUGUGCAAGACCCACGACACAAGGGAUAAACAUUUCAUACAUCAAUAAUAUGGCUUCAUUAAAAAAAAAAUCUGUAUAAAAAAAUACAUAAAGUAAGAAAUAAAUUAUUCAACAGAAUAAAGGACUUGUAAGUAUAUGAAAAUAUACAGUUCAUCUGAUGGUGCUUGUGAUUCAGAUGCUUCCACCUUGCUCAUUGUGUGGCUUUUUCCCUGCUGAAGCCACACAAUGUUAUUUUUUUCUUUUCAAUAUUCAGUAACGUGCAUAUAAUGCCUGAGUCAGUAAAGGCAAAUAAUAGAACAGCUAUUAUAGUCUGGUAAACUCAGAAAAUUACAUCACUUUACUGUAACAUAGCCUUAAAGAUCAGGAAAAGGCAACAUGAUACCUAAAAUCCAUGAGUCAAAUAUCUAGUCUUCAUAUCAUAUCGUAUCAUAGUCUCAUCAUAUCGAUAUAAUGUUGAUAUAUUGCCAUGCUCUACUUUCAGUUAAAGCAAACAGAUGUCAGCUGUGAUGCUAGUUAAUGACGGUGUGUUUAACAGGUUUUUAAAUGAUCUGGUUUCUAGGCAUCCUGUUUAACCUUAUAUUGAUUCUUUACCCAAACUGUUGUGACACACUGGUCCUAAUAUCAGCUCUGUCUACCUCCAGACAAUAAGGUGACAUGCAUUUGUCACGGAUAUCCACAGAUUCUCAGGGGAUGUGUUGGCUAGACAUCUUCAUGUAAGAUGACUUUAUAUAAUCUAUCAUGUUAAAUACUAACACUGGGAAACUUUUUUUUUUACAUUGCUUGACCUUUGUAACAUAGAGCUGAUGGAUCAGCUGAUGAUUGUAACAUUGCAUUGCGUAUUGGAUAAUAAAAUGUUUUAAAAUAGA